AUGACUGCACCUAGAGAACAGGUUGCCACUGCUGAAAUAGACAGCACAAGUGCUAGACUAGACUCUGACUAUGAAGAUGGACCAGUUGCACAAUCUCCAACAUCUGAAAUAUCUGAGGACGAGUAUGAGGCAGAAGAUGGCGCCAACAUACCGCAGAAGGAGUCAGUGGGGAACCUAGAUCGAUCACAAAAGUCUGAUCAGCUGAACACGCAGACUUAUUCACGUGGCCUUCUAAAGCCGUCAAGUCGUUCCUCUAAAACUCUUCAGUUGAGACUAACGUUUGGAUCUGGGGAUCAAGACAUACUGCCUAUAAUCCAUACUAGAGAUAUUUGGUCGGGAAGUUUAGAUUUGACUUUUCCAAGCAGAGAAAGCCUUCAGAAGUGCAAUAUAUGGAAUUCACAUGGGAAUAAGGAUAUAUUUGGUGUCGACAGGGAGAUGAAUACUCGCGAGUCUACUGCAGGCUGGGAUUGGUACUAUAGUGAUAUAGGAGCCCGGUUUCGUGAGAAGCAACUGAUACUACCUAUUACCGAGGAAGCAGCUAAUACAUAUUUACCCAGCCAUGAGGUGCCAAAGCUAACUGUAUUGAUGGGCCCAUCUGAUGCACAGACUACGUACUCAAUAGGGCGCGGCGAAUCGUUUGACUUCUCUUCUGCAUGGCCUUCGAUGGGGCCUAUUCCCGUCAAGAAAGAGCGGAACAAAUCGUUUGGUUCCAGCCCAAACCAAGGGGCAUCAGCCGUACCUAAUCGAGUUAGGGCACGAGAGGGCUGGAUUUUGAACCUCGGGAAUCGAAUUCAAUGCGUCAGCUGGGCCCCAAAUUGUUAUGGAAGCUCCCAGUACCUAGCCAUAGUAGCUCCUAUACUUGACAACCAGAAGGCACAGUUUGAUGAUGGAAGUAUCAAAGGUGCUCCCGCGUUCACUCCUUCAGCACCAUAUCCUUCAGCAAUCCAAAUCUGGCGGUUCGAAGCCAGUGAUACCGUAAAUGGACUUCGAAAGCUGGACAUGGAUACAAAGCCGCGUCUACAUAUGGUCAUAUGCACAGCAUUUGGCAAUAUAAACCGCCUUUACUGGUGCCCCAUUGCCGUAAACAGGGAUUCGGAAGAUAGAAAUAUCAAUGAACCCGUGAAGCCUGCCCUUUUGGCAGGGCUUUGGAGCGAUGGCUCUGUCAAGGUCUUUAAUGUUGACUUGUGCAGCAGUGACACUGGCACUAAGUAUGUUAGUUUGAAAAACCCAGCAUUUCAAGUCAGGCCUCCUUCAACUGUUUGCACUUGCCUUACAUGGUUGUCGCCAACUGAUCUAGCUAUCGGAUGUGCAAAUGGGUUCAUUGGCCUGUGGAAUUUAGUCCAGUCAGCUCGAGACGAAUCGCCUCCGAACGCUGAGCCUUAUUUAUACAUCCCAGUCCAUGACACAUAUAUACUUAAUAUUGUUUCAGCUUACCCGACACAUCCACAUAUCAUUGCGGCAACCUCCAUGGGCGGUCAGACGCGAUUGGUUUCCCUUCAAGAUCCGGCGGCAGAGAUAGUAGACGCCCUCCGGUUAAGAGUAGGAACACAGUGCCUUAUCUACUCCCCGUUUUUGCGUUGCUUCAUAACCAAUGAUGAAGGCGACUUUGUUCGCCUUCUUCCUCUUCGCCGCUUCUUUUCAAGUUUCGCUGCGCUCAAAUCUCGCAGCAUUGUCACUGCCCUAGCAACGGCUAGCUUACAUCACCCCUGUAUCCUCGCAGGAAAUGCAGGCGGAACAGUGAUUUCUAAUAAUCCGCUACGAAAGUUGAUACACUCCAAAGAGAAACAGUGGCAGCAGAAUUGGUUUUCACAAGAGUGGAUCAACGGGAAAGACAAUAAUAGCACCACUCCAGGGGGUGUAGUCAAGUUCUAUGACGGGUUCAAGGCAGAAACGGUUAACCUAUCCAAGGGCUCCUCAACACAGGAGAAGGCAACAGGCCAGGCUGCCGUAAUGGUUAUAUACGAAGAACAAACAGCUGUGACAGCUGUUGCUUGGAACCCAAAUGCACCGUGCGCCGGGUGGGCAUGUGCUGGGAUGGGGAGUGGUUUGCUUCGUGUGGAAGAUUUAGCCCACCAGUAA